UACCCGCCCCCUCACAGUGACUCAGCACAUACUGUGACAACUGUGAUUAACCGUGAUAUCAGCAGGUAACAUGUCCAUGUUCAGCACGGGCAUCCUUGUGCUGACGUCUCCUCUCCACACCCUCCCCUUGCGCAUCGCUCCAGUGCUCAGCUCGGCUGCUCAGCUCGUAGAGCGCACGCUGUACGUCCACCUCCACCCCGGACUCAACCUGGGAAGCGGGACUCAACCUCGACCAGUUUUCAUUCCACCCGUAGUGGACCUGUCCUUGCUCAUUACCCGCCUUUACAGUAACGCAGCUGAUAUAUGUGGCCACCUGGAUGUUCGUGUUUUGCUGACUAAUGUCCGCGCUCAGCCGGCUGCCUGCGGCGGAACCACCAUCCCAAACUGCCCCUUCCCCACACCACAGUCUCUGUCUCACUCCCCGGAGGUGGUGCUAACAGACUUUGCUCUGCAGGACCCAGGUCAGUCCCCUCAGGUCACACAGUGUCUGCAGAGGUACACAGGCCACUGCUACGUCUGCAGCCCGAGCCUCCCCUCAGUGCUGCUUCACCCACAGCUAAUGAAGCUGCAGCAGGAAGAGGAAUCGCUGAAAGAGCCUGAAGAAAAAGCAAAACCCUUAGAGACCUACAGUGACGUGGUGGUAGGGGGGACGUUUGACCGGCUCCAUGGGGCCCACAAGACGCUGCUCAACAUCUCAUGCCUGCUAGCAAACAGACGGUUCCUCAUUGGUGUGUGUGACCAAGCAAUGCUGAAAAAAAAGGUGCUAAAGGAGCUGGUGGAGCCAUACUCUCUGCGCACCCAGAGACUACAGGAGUUCCUGAAAGACGUCAAACCCUCGCUGCAGGUGGAGAUCCUUCCCCUUGACGACCCCUAUGGUGUGUCUGUGGUUGACCCCUUGCUGCAGUGCAUUGUGGUUAGCGAGGAGACCAGGAAGGGAGGCGAGGCUGUCAACAAGAAACGCAUUGAGAAUGGCCUUCCGGUUCUCAUCCUCCACGAAAUCCAGCUGCUUAAAGACGCCCACCACACUGAGACGGAGGAGGAGAAGAUCAGCUCCUCCAGUCUGCGCUCUCGUCUUCUGGGCACCCUGCUUACGCCACCUAAAGUAGGUCAU